AUGCCAACCGAUCAAUAUGAGUAUGUGGAUGAAUCGUUAAUUGAUGAGAACUAUAAAUGCACGAUUUGUAAUGAACCAUUUCAACGUCCAAUGACCACACCAUGUGAUCAUAGCUAUUGUCAAGAUUGUAUUGAACGUUGGUUAAACGAAGGAUAUUCAACAUGUCCUUCGUGUCGUCAAACAUUGUCAAUGAAAGAAUUAAAACCAGUUACGACUCGUUUAGUACUCAAUAUUCUUGAUCGAUUGUUAGUUAAAUGUUGUCAAUGCGAGCAGAGCGGAAUUCAACGUGGCAAUUUCAAUGAUCAUAUGGUUAAAGUCUGUCCGAAAGGAACAAUAGUUUGUUCAGCAUUUGAUGUCAAAUGUCCAUGGUCAGGUUCACGUGAUCAACUGAGUGAACAUCUCCAGACAUGUAAUUAUGAGCAAUUGAGACCAGUAUUGAGUCAUCUUGUUAGUCAAAAUCGGCAACUUGAAGAACAAAUGCAUAGCCUCACGGAACAAGUUAAAACUUUACAAUUCAAAAUGCAAAGUCCAACUCGUCGUAUGAUUACUUUUGAUAAAAUGUACGAAAUCGAAAGAAAAAUAGAUUCAGGUGUUUUGUCUGACUCCUAUGAAGGUCUGACGUGGAUCAAUGCAUGGUAUAUGCAUGAGCAAUGGGUCACCGCCAAUCAUGCCGUCAGUGGUUGGCGAAAUGCAUAUACAAAUGGACAUAUAUGUAUUGCUUUCAAUGGAAAAGGAAAUCCAAUGACGGUGUGCUCCAAACGACAGUAUGCCGACAUGUUUUCAAUAGUCUCAUUUGAAGCAACUGCAGCAUGGCUUGACAAUCUUCAUAUUAAAAUCAUCGGCCGACGAUUAAAACGAGAUCUUUACUCAGAAACGAUCGUUCUUCAAUUUGAUAAUUCUCAAGUGUUCAAUCUCGAUUGGAAAGAUAUCGAUGAAAUUCAAUUUGUACCCAUCAGCGGUAUACCACGUCCUGGUAUCACAUAUACUGAAACAUAUUUUGCCAUCACAUGGAUACUGUUAGGUUAA